AUGCUAUAUUCAAUCCCUCAAUCCAAUUCUCAAUUGACUUGGCCAAACUUUAAGUAUCCAAGUGAUGAUUUUGAUAGGAUUUGGGAUGCAGUGGAGGUUGGCAAUGGACUAGUAAAAGUCACAACUGAUGCACAAACUAUUGAUACAUCUGUGCCUGAUGAGCCUCCUGUAGCUGCUUUCCAGUACGGAAUAACAACCUCAAAAACAUCUGAAGCAAUACUUCUGGUCACUGAUCUUCCACCCGUUGAAGUUCCCAUCUACAUCAUCAUGUACUUCUCCGAAGUAAACGAACUUGAUUCGACCCAAACCCGAUCCUUCGAGAUCUACAUCAACGGCAAGUCUCACUUCGACCCCAUUGUUCCAGUCUAUGGAAGUGUCGUUGAGAUGUCCAUUACCAACAUAAGUGCUUCUUCAAACACUUCCUUCUCUUUGGUGGCUACUUCGGACUCGACGCUUCCUCCUUUGAUCAAUGCCAUGGAAGUUUAUUAUGUCAGCGGUCCGAUCACGGAUGGAACUGAGAGCAAAGAUGGUUGGUAA